AUGUUCACCUUAAUUCUGCGGGGAUUACUACCUGCUUUCUUCGCUCUCUACGUCAAUGCACAAAAUUCAACCCAGUGGUGCGACAGCGUCACCGACAUCUGCUUUUCUCGCUACUACCUCGAGGACUUGGACACUACCUUUGGAUACCUCUUUCCGCCUCUCCCAUCCGAUGGCCAACCUCCUUCAGACGAGUUCAUCGGCAUCUUCAUUGCGCCAGCGUCGACAGGGUGGAUAGGAAACAGCCUCGGAGGCGGGAUGCGUUCCAACCCUCUCGUCAUCGGGUGGGUGAAUGAGAGUGCGGCUGUACUCUCUGUUCGAUUUGGCAGGGAAUAUCAACCACCAACGCCGCUUUCUGGUCCCGUCCUCACUGUGUUGGGGACGUCCGGUGUGAAUGCGACACGUCAACGAAUCGUCUACCGUUGUCAGAACUGCACCGUAUGGACCGGCGGCUCGAAUGGAAUUACUCUCAGUGGUAACUCCAUGUUCGGCUACGCCGUCCACGCGACUAUCAAGCCCAACUCUCCCUCCGACCCCAGCUCCAGCUUACUCCAACAUACCGCUGCUGGCGAACACAACCUCGACGUUGCCAACGCGAACACCGGCCAAUAUGCGGCAUACCUCGAGCAACUGCUCGCCGCUGGACCUAUUUCUUCCGCACCUCCUUCAACCACGACUACGGCUCCUAUUCCGACGAGAACUGGGGAACUGUGCCCUGGAGCCCCAGCGCCGACGUACUCGAUGGUAGCGGCGGCGGGCUGGAGGGUUACGCCGGUCCUUGGGAGGUUGAGCUCGCCGAGGGGUAUUACGAUGGAUGGGAGGGGUAAUUUGUUGGUUCUGCAGAGGGGUGUGGGUGUUACGGCGCAUGCGGUGGAUGAGUAUGGGUGUGUGACAAGCAGCGAGACGGUUGUGGCGGACAGGAGCUUGAACCACGCGAUCGAGGUUAACCCGGCGGGCGAUAGGAUCUAUGCGAGCUCUUCGGAUGAAGCUUGGUCCUGGAAUUAUGACCCCGUCGCGAUGACUGCCACGAACAGAACCACUCUCAUUACGGGAAUGCACAAUGAUGGCCAUACCACGCGAACCCUCCUCGUCUCCAAGAGGUACCCAGAUUACAUCAUGGCGAGCGUUGGCUCAGACGGCAACAUCGACCUUGCAUCAUUUGACCCCGCCAGUGGGCGCGCGCAGAUUAGGGUGUUCGACAUGCGAACGAUUGGCGCAGACGGCGUUGUUUACAAUACGAAUGGACAAAUCAUGGGCUAUGGGCUGAGGAACGACGUUGGGAUGGCUGAGGAUGGAGCUGGGAUCGUGCAUAGUGUUGAGAACUCGAUGGACAACGCAUACCGAACCGUAAACGAUCAACAGCAAGAUGUCCACACCGAUAACCCUGCCGAGAAAGUUUAUAGGCUCGGCGACCCCACCAACCCCACCAAUUUAUUUGGCGGUUAUCCUUAUUGCUACACCGUCUGGGAAGCAGAAGAUUUUACAGAUAGAACGUUCGCUCCUGGAGAUUGGUUCGUCCAAGACUCCAACGACACACUAACCGAUGAGUGGUGCGACUCGAACGCGGUCAGGCCGACCGUUCUCCUCCCACCUCAUACAGCGCCGCUCGAUAUGAAGUUCGGCGUUGGGAGUGAUACAAAUUUGUACGUUACCCUGCAUGGGAGCUGGAAUCGGAGUCCGCCUCAGGGAUAUAAAGUGGUCGUUGUACCUGGGCAGUACUCGUCGACGGGAGAGUGGUCACCUAGUGUCGGCUUAGCAGAGACGAAGACCAUCUCCAAUGACCUUCUGAGAAACGUUGAUGAGACGCAGUGCCAGCGAGGCUGCUUCCGCCCCGUUGGCCUCGUCUGGCACCCAUCUGGAGAGAGCCUGUACGUCACAAGCGACACAUCCGGCGAGGUAUUCCUCCUCAAGAGAGGCAGUGGCGUAUCCCGCAACCGCCCGCAUCUGCCUUCAAUAUUGGGCGCCCUGAUUCUGGCGAUGGUUCUCAGUGUUGGUCCUUGGUACUGGUAA